AUGGCAUUUUCGGCUGGUGCCAACAAUCUUCCAGCUCCGGUUGUGGUGGUUGCUUUGGCUAUUAAAAAACUUGAUGCAACAGGAAAGCAUAAGUCAGCCAAGAAAAACAUGGCCAAAAAGCAACAAUGUGUAGAAAGUCAGGAUCAGAUUCAGACCAAUGAUACAAAAGGGGAAGAUGAUAUUGAGGAAGUAUUAAAAGAGUUUAUGGAGAUGAUACUUGACACAGUCUAUGGAGAGGAAGAGCGAAGCUGGGCCUCGCCAGAUGCAAUCCAAAUAAUUAAAGAUCCUGAGCAGGCUCAACCUAUAUCCCAGAUUAAUUUGACAGUGACUGAACAGUGCACACCAUUUAAACAAUUGCUUGAGUUUACCCCAAACCAGUUGGUUAUUGAGUGUGACAAACACAUCCUCAUUCGGGCUGCUUUAGCUGAAAAAUAUGAUGAGAUAGAGGAAUUCUUCAGCUUUCCACAGCUUCUAGCUUCAUCUAUAUUCGCUCUCAUUCAAUCUGCUAGUGAGAUAGCUGCUGUUGUAAGUCCAUAUGGAGCCAUUGUUGAUGUUUUCAAACGCAGAGAAAAAUAUUCCGGAAAUGGCGAAGAUGUGUUAGAUGUGAGCUGGUGGUUUAAAGGUGUUGGAGGAUUUGCAGCCGCAAUGGGAUUCUUCCUGUGUGGAUGGAGGCUAACUCAAUGUCUUGGUGGGAAGCUCACAUUCAUGAGCAAUUCUAGAGGAUUAGCCUCACAAUUAUCAACUGUUGCUGCAAUCAUCAUAGUAACUCAGAUAAAUCUUCCUGUUUCAAGUGUUCAUGCUUUUGUUGGAUCACUUGUAGGAGUAGGAUAGCUGAUGAUUUUCGGGUAUGGUUUCUUACAUCUUAAGCUAAAUUUAUUUUUUC